CGCUGCGCUUUUUUACGCUGCUGGUGGAACGUCUCCGUGGAGUCCCUUGACCCCAAAACGUUUAACGGGGAUACAAUCUCGGACAUCUGUGAGGUAUGUAUAGGAGUGGCAGUGGUGGGUUUGGUCGUGUUCUUUUUAUGUCGAUGUUGGAUUUUUGCGCUUAUGUAAGCGAAGAUAUUUAUGUGAGUUGCGUACGACCUGGUGAUUGGGGGAAAGUCAAAGUACGGAUUAAUAUAUGGGGAACUGUGAAUAUUAAUAUUUCACCUAAAAGUCCAUGGAGUAGGAGAUAAAUCCUGGUUUAUGAACAAUAAUAUAAAUAGCUAGUACUAAUAUUACUUUACUUUUCCCCCGUCUUCUCUCUUGAUUCUUUCCAUUAUCCGCCC